AUGUAUGCUAGUGCUAAUGCUGCACGUUCUUACUCUUCAUUGAACUCGAAAACCCCCCCAUGGAAGUAUCAUGUUUUCUUGAGUUUCAGAGGAGAUGACACCCAAAAAGGCUUCACAGCCCAUUUACACGCUGCUCUUCAACAAAGAGGUAUCAUAACUCUCAUAGAUGACGAGCUUCAGACAGGAGAUGUUAUUUCUAUUCAACUCAUUCGAGCAAUUGAAGAUUCUCUCAUCUCUCUUGUUAUUUUUUCCCAAAAUUAUGCUAAUUCAAGUUGGUGUUUGGAUGAACUCCAAAACAUUCUGGAGUCUACAAGAUCUUUAAAUAGAGAAAUUACCCCAGUGUUCUAUAAUAUUGAUCCAUCUGAUGUACGACAUCAAAAAGGAGCCUUUGCUGAUGCCUUUCAAAAACACAGUGAAAGAUUUCAUGAUGAUGAAGAGAAGGUGCAGAGAUGGAGAGAUGCCUUGAGAGAAGUUGCAAAUAUUUCUGGCCACCACUCUAAAGAUCAGCUCGAAACAAAAUUGAUUGAAGAAAUUGUCAGAGUUGUAUGGACAAAACUACAGCCUCACAUAUCAUAUUGCUACAAAACUGAAUUUGUUGGAGUGGAGUCAAGGAUUGAAGAACCGAAUGCAAUUUUAAAGAUCGGAUUGAAUGAUGUUUGCUUUUUAGGAGUUUGGGGUAUGGGCGGUUGGCUAGACAUCUCUUGCAAGAGCUCUCUACGAGAUAAACUGUAAUCAUUUUGAUCUUCAUUUCUUUUUUGCCAAUGUUAGGGAUGUUUGCAAAAAGGAAGGACCGGUUUGACUGCAAAGAAAAUUUCUUUCACGUUAUGGGAAGUUGAGAAGUAUAGACUUUGAUGAUGCAUAUGAAGGGAUGAAGAUCAUGAGAAACAUUCUUUGCACUCAAAAAGUUUUGUUGGUAC